AUGGGGGCUGCGGCGCGGCCCGUUCAACGAAUGGGAUUCAUAGUCCUGGCUCGUUGUGUGCUGCAGGGCUCAAGAACAAACAUGAGUACAUGGAAGGCAUGUGUGCCGGGCGGGCGCGCUCUUUUUUUGCUGGAAUCACCGCUCUGUGUGAAUUGGCGGGUCCAUAUGGCAGAUGUGGUGAGGGAUGGUGGUGGGGUGGGCGCUGAGCUGUGGGAUACGAGCUUUUGUUUGAUGCGGGCUGGGAGGUACUUGUUUCACCUCGAGGGGAGUAGGAGUGGUCUGGCCCAUGCUGUGAUCGGCAUGUGCUGGCCUUCGCUGCCCCUUUUUGUGAGGUCGGUGGGAAUGGCGCGAAUCGGGGCAUCUUCUUGUGGCAUUUGUGAUAGGCGGUCAUCACCCUCGCGCAAUGGAGUCUUUACGGCUUCCUGUAGCUUUGAAGAUUUCGACCGUAUUUGUGGAUAG